AGUACUGCAAAGGCCAAUUUGAGGUAUGCAGUUAUCACAAAUAUUGGGAGAUGAAGAUGAUGGUGAGCAGGGUGAAGAGGAGGUGACAAAAUUGUAUGGGAGAGAUGGACUUGUAUUCCUUCUGGAUGCCACUGCAUCCAUGUUUGAACCCUUGUUAUCUGGAGCAGAUGAAGCCAUCAAGCAAUGCUUGGAGUGUGUCAAGCGGACAUUGAUGAAUAAGAUCAUCAGCAGUGAUUCAGACUUGGUUGGUGUUGUCCUGUUUGGGACAGAGAAGUCCAAGAACAUAUAUAAUUUUGAGCAUGUCCUUGUUCUUGUGGAUUUGAGCUGCCCUUCUGCUGAUAGCAUUAAGAAGGUUGAGUCAUUCCUAGAUGUAAAAAAACUGGCAAAUGAGUUUGGACAUUCUCAAGCUUUUCUUCUCAGCGAUGCUCUCUGGAUUUGUCAACACAUGUUUAAUAAUUCCAAGAUGAAAUUUGCAACUAGGAGAGUCAUGAUUUUCACAAGGAAUGAUGAUCCACAUGCCAGUGAUCCUCAGAAACAAAGACAAGCUCGAAUGAGGGCUGAGGACCUGCGGGAGAGUGGCAUACACAUUGAGUUGUUGGCUCUUGGAAAGGGAUUCAACCACUCCCAGUUCUAUAAUACCAUUGUACAAGAACCUGAAGAUCAGCAGUAUGCACAUGCCCAAAUAUCUGAACGACUUGAGGAACUCCUUUCUCAAAUCAAACGGCGCAUUCACAAAAAGCGCAUUGUUAGCCAUCUUCGAUUUGAGCUUGGUCCACAGCUCAAGAUGGCUGUCACCAACUACAUGCUUGCAAGGCGUAUGAGAAAGCCAGGACCAGUCAAACUGGAACGAGAGACAAAUCAUGAGUUGAGGACAAGAACAGUGUCAUUUCUUGAAGAUACUGGUGAAUUCCUCUUGCCAUCAGAUGUGGUGAAGUUUCAGGAGUAUGGGGGAAGGCGGAUAAAAUUCUCACGAGAUGAUGCUCGCCAUAUGAAAGAAGUAAUGCCUCCAGGGAUUCGUCUUGUGGGAUUCAGGCCUAAGGCUGAUCUGAAAGCAGAACAUUAUGUACAUCCUGCAUCAUUCAUCUAUCCUGAUGAGGAAACUGUCAAAGGUAGCACAUGCUUGUUUCGUGCUCUCAUGAACCAAUGCAUUGCAAAAGAUGUUGUUGCCAUCUGUUGGUUUGUGCCUCGCAAGGGAGUAAGUGCUCGUUUGGUUGCCCUCAUCCCUCAGGAAGAGGUGUGCAAUCCACAAGGAAUUCAACAGAUACCUCCAGGAUUCCAUGUGAUUCCUCUCCCAUUUGCCAAUGACUUGCGGGAAGUACCACCAGAACGUAGGUCUACUGAGGAUGAUGGAAUGCAUACUGAGGAGAUAGAAGACAUGGUGGAGGCUGCCAAAAUGAUGAUCAAGAAGUUGCGGUUUCGAUUCAACCCUGAUGAUUUUGAGGACCCUGUAUUACAGACUCACUGGCGUAAUAUUGAGGCAUUAGCUCUGAAUCGGGACAGCGUUGAGUCCAUCAAUGACCUCACAGUUCCUGUGGUGGAGGACAUGGACCAUCGUGCUGGUGAGCAGAUGGAGGAGUUUCAAAAGCUCACUAACCCUGCUGGUAUCGACUUUGUAAGGGCUGCUGCCUUUAAGAAGGGAGCAACAAAGAGGAAAGCUGGGGAGACAAGUUCAAACCAGCCAGCAAAACGUCCUGUUUCCUCUGAUGAGGUCCAAGAAGCUGUUCGCCAUGGUCAUGUGGAAAAGAUGACUGUCGCUCAGUUGAAGGACUUCCUGAUUUCUGAAGGGGUGAAAGUUGACAGUCAUCUUCGUAAAGCAGACCUGAUAGCCUGUCUCUACAAACACCUGGGAAUACAGCCGAUUCCAUGAGAGCUUUUGCCCACAUCACCUAUUUGAAGUGCUUUUUGUGAUUUUGCUGAAUUAUUCUGGGUGUCUUUUUUGAUUGAGAAAUACUAUUUGUGAACCUAUUAGCUACGACCAAAUGUUC